AUCAAACAAUAAGCUACACACCUACACAGCUCACAGAUACUAUAUAGGAAUUUUACGCAGGAAAAACACGAAAAAAUUAUUAUAUAUUUGGUUAUUUAAAUAGUAAAAAGAUGUCAGAUAAGGAGAAAGACGAGGAAAAACCUGUAGUAGCAAAAACAGCUGUAGAUCUGCAAAGAUUAAAACUAAUGAAAUUAAUGAAGAAUGUGGAUAAGCCAAUUAUAUUGCCGGAACGUCCAAAGGCUAAAAAUACACCCUCUGUACCUGAAUUUGUUCGUAAUGUUAUGGGUAGCAGUGCUGGAGCAGGUAGCGGAGAAUUUCACGUGUACAGACAUUUACGACGAAAAGAAUAUGCGCGGCAAAAGUUUAUUCAAGAAAAAGCACAUAAGGAACUUUUGGAUGAUGAAUAUCAUCAAAAACUUGAAGACAAUAAAAGAUUGGCAGAAGAAGCAACAGCAAAAAGACGUGCUAAAAGAUUGAAAAAGAAACAGGGACGCAAACAGAGGAAACAAAUGAAAACUACAAAGGAAAGUGCUAUCACAGAUGAAAAAAGCAGCAAGGAGGAGAGUUCAGAUGAAAAUGAAGAAACUGAAGCUACUGUAAAAACUAAUGAAAUAAAUGAAGAAAGUAUGAGUUGUUCUAUAAAUAUAUCUAAAGAUAAAAAUGAAGCAAAAACAGCAACAGAAAAGAAGCUGUUAUUAGAUACAGAAGAAAAUCAAGAACAUACAUUAGAAACAUCUUUUGAAGAAAAACCGAAUAAAAACACUCAAUGUAAAAAUGACACAUGACAA